UAUAAUGAUGUGCAUGUCGACAUCACUCAGGAAGAGUGGGCAUUGAUGGAUCCUUCACAGAGGAAUCUCUACAAAGGUGUGAUGCUGGAGACUUAUAUGAACCUCACUGCUAUAGGCUACAACUGGGAAAAUCUUGAAGUUGAAGAACAUUGUCAAAGUUCUCAAAAACAUGGAAGGCAUGAAAGAAGUCAUACUACAGAGAAAUCAUAUGAAUAUAUUGAGUGUGGUAAAUCCUUUGAAUAUCAUAGUCAUCCUCAAAGGCAUGAAAAAACACAUACUGGAGAGAAACUCUAUGAAUAUAAUCAUUAUGGUAAAGCCUUUGCACACCCCACUCAUCUUCAAGUACAUAAAAGAACACAUACUGGAGAGAAACCCUAUGAAUGUAAUCAAUGUGGUAAAGCCUUUACACAGCCAUAUAAUCUUCAAGUACACAAAAGAACACAUACAGGAGAGGAACCCUAUAAAUUUAAUCAGUGUGGUAAAGCCUUUGUUCAACACAGUGCUCUUUAUUUGCAUGCAAGAACACAUACUGGAGAGAAACCCUAUGAAUGUAAACAGUGUGGUAAAGCCUUUGCUCAUAACAGUUCUCUGCAAAGGCAUGAAAGAACACAUACUGGAGAGAAAACCCAUGAAUGUAAUCAGUGUGGUAAAGCCUUUGCUCAACACAGUGCUCUUCAAAGUCAUGAAAGAACACAUACUGGAGAGAAACCCUAUGAAUGUAAACAAUGUGGUAAAGCUUUUGUACAUUUCAGUUAUCUUCAAGUACAUAAAAGAACACAUACUGGAGAGAAACCCUAUGAAUGUAAUCAAUGUGGUAAAGCUUUUGUACAAUCCAGUCAUCUUCAAGUACAUAAAAGAACACAUACUGGA